AUGAAGGAAAACAUCACGGUCUACAUGGAAGAAGUUUCCAUCGACACUACAACGGAAAUUCUGACACUGAUCCAGUUGAUCUAUGGUAUCCCAUCUUUCAUUUUAUUGAUGUUUUGCAUUUUUGGUAUUUUAUUUAAUCCAAAAUUCGCGGCACUGUUGACUAUUCAUCGAUUGACAUCGAUUUUGUGGCCGUAUCGAUGUGAACGAGUGAGUAAGAUUUUCACCCAUCUCCCGAAUUGUUUUUGGGACAGUUUUAUCGAUGAAGUUUAUAUUUUGAAUGGGAAACUCAUAUGUAUUCAAUUUCCAAGUACACGUGACCAGGCAAUCAAUUUAGUUGCCGUUUUCUCCGCGAUUCAUUUUUUGUGGAACUCUGUCAUAGGAUUAAGCACGGCGGCGUCAGAGGGACGAGCGAAGAGCGCCCCGUCAUGCUUUUCGCCCGGAUGA